AGUACUAGAGAAUUCAUAUUCUCCAGGACAUUCUUCCUCUUCACUAGCCCCCUUCUUGCUAUAAGUACAACCCUCAACAAAGACAUGAGGGUGCAAGUGUGGUUGUCCCCUUGAAUUGGUGCCUCUCUUCUUCCUCAACCUAGCGAGCUACUCUCUGUCCGACCUCACUCCAAAUUAGCCAGCCAGAAUCUACAGCCCUCCACACCUAGCUAGUGUGAUCAACCAACGCGUCUUUACCCGGACUAUCCAACAAUUCGAAUCAUGGAGGGGAGCAGCAACAGUCCGGACGGGCAGUCGUCCGGCGGCAGCCCAGAGGAGCGAGGCAGCAGUGGUGGCAGCGGCGGUGGCGGAGGGAGGGGGGCAGGGGAGCCGGUGCGCUCCAGGUGGACGCCCAAGCCGGAGCAGAUACUGAUCCUGGAGUCUAUCUUCAACAGCGGCAUGGUCAACCCGCCCAAGGACGAAACCGUCCGCAUACGCAAGCUGCUAGAGCGCUUCGGUGCCGUCGGUGACGCCAACGUCUUCUACUGGUUCCAGAACCGCCGCUCCCGCUCACGCCGCCGCCAGCGCCAGAUGCAGGCCGCCGCUGCUGCCGCUGCAGCGGCCUCCUCUUCCGCCUCUGCCGCCGCGAAUACCUCUCCAGCUGCAAGCUCCACCAUCAUGGGCCUUCCAUCUCUCGCCGGUGCAGUUCAUGCCAUGGCCCCAAUCGGUGGGAGCGCCUGCCAGUACGAGCAGCAGGUGAGCUCGUCCUCCUCGUCGGGAAGCACAGGAGGGUCGUCUCUGGGGCUGUUUGCACACAGCACGGGGAUGUCGAGCGCCGCCGCCGUAGGGUACCUGCAGGCUUCGUGCGGUGCCUCGUCGCCGCUGGCGUCGGGCCUGAUGGGGGACAUCGACGGCGGGGGAAGCGACGAUCUCUUCGCUAUCUCGCGGCAGAUGGGGUUUGUGGGUAGCCCCGGCGGCUCGUCAUCGGCGGCCACGACCACUGCCGUGCAGCAGCAGUACUAUGCGUGCCAAUUACCUGCAGCGACGAUCACGGUGUUCAUCAAUGGAGUCCCAAUGGAGGUCCCGAGGGGUCCAAUAGACUUGCGAGCCAUGUUCGGCCAGGAUGUGGUGCUUCUCCAUUCCACUGGGGCCGUCCUCCCAGUCAACGACUAUGGCACUCUAAUUCAGAGCCUGCAAAUGGGAGAAAGCUAUUUUCUGGUGUCGAGGCAGACUUGAAAAGGUGCCAAUCUAAAUCAAGUUGAUACAGAUCUCUAGUUCUCUACUCAUUAUCAUCGGAUCAGAUGCAUGGAGCGUCCGUGCGCAGUUCUUCAACAAUCAUAACCGGAUGCUCUCUUGCAUGCAUAUCAUGCAUCGACCAGUCGAGAAGCAAGCUAGCUAACCUGGCUACGACAAAGCAAGUAAUUAAAAUAGUACAAGUAUAUGCGGGUUGCACCAUCAGUAAGUGCGACGUACUUAUAUAUGCCAUUUAAAACAUACAAAAGCGUGGGCGGCCGAGUAGAUUACGAGUUACAGUGGAUUGUCAUCUCAUCCUGAUUUACAUUACUAGUACACAAGGACAUGCGUGUGCGUGCAUGCAUGCUGGCCCUUGACAGUCGAGCUAAAUAUUAUUUUCAACUAGCUAGAUGCACAUUUGUACUCGGUUUACUAUCGUACUAUCAUCGUCGUAAUGCUUUAUGUAUCAACCAAAAGCGUUUGGAAUGUUUGUUCGGCCUGGUGGAAAUAUUAGACUAUAUAUAUGUUA